AGUAUGAGGCCACGUGUCUGGGCCCCACCUCGACUUCAUUGCAUUUAACCGCCUCUCCACGAACGACACAUCCCACCGCUUUUUUCCCCUCUGCAACAAUCUCUCUCUCUCCUUCUAGGGCUUUUGCCAAUUCCAUUCCUUCCCACUAUCAAUGUCGAAGAAGCUCGAUCGGAUUUCCAGCCCUUGUUUCUGUAACAACGAGAAGUGCAAGCAAAAAUCUGAAGCUGAGAAUUCUGAGGAGAGGGUGAAAUCUGGAAUCCUGCAUAAAGCAAAAAAUGCAUCCAGUAAACUGAAGAAUUCCUUCAAAAACAGGAGUAGGAAAAAGAGCGAUGCUGGAGUUUGUGAGAUUGAAGAUGUUCGCAGUAUUGAGGAGCAGAACAUUGUUGAAUCAUUUCGUCAGGCCUUGAUCGUUGAUAAUUUGCUUCCAUCAAGAUUUGAUGAUUAUCAUGUAAUGUUGAGAUUUCUGAAAGCAAGGAAGUUUAACAUUGAAAAAACAAAGAUCAUGUGGGCAAAUAUGCUCCAGUGGAGAAAAGAAUAUGGUGCUGAUUCAAUCAUGGAGGACUUGGACUUCAAAGAGUUGAAUGAGGUCCAAAAAUGUUACGCCCAAGGUUAUCACGGUAUUGACAAGAAUGGAAGGCCAAUCUACAUAGAAAGAUUGGGGACAAUUGAUGUUGACAUGCUUAUGCAAAUUACGACUAUGGAUCGACUUGUGAGAUACAAAGUGCAGGAGUUCGAGAAAAGCCUCGCUGUUAGGUUCCCUGCUUGUUCUGUUUCUGCCAACACACAUAUUGAUUCAAGUACAACGAUUUUAGAUGUGCAAGGAUUGGGUUUAAUGAGUUUGACUGGCCCUGUUACAGAAUUCAUUAAGUUUGUUCAGAAGAUCGAUAAUGAUAAUUAUCCCGAAACGCUGUACCGUAUGUUCAUCAUCAAUGCUGGCCCUGGCUUCCGGCUGAUCUGGAAUGCUGUCAAGCCUUUACUCGACCCUGAUACAACUUCAAAGAUCGAGGUGCUUGGCAACAAAUACCAAGACAAAUUACUCGAAGCAAUCGACCACAGCGAGCUACCAGAGUUUCUCGGUGGUAGCUGUACCUGCGAAAAUGAGGGAGGAUGCUUAAGGUCGGAUAAAGGACCAUGGAAAGAUGAAAACUUGUUAAAGAUUGAUCAGAAUACACAAGUUCAUCUACUUGAGAAUGUGUCGACGAACGCCGGAUGACAGGGAAAAGCUAUAAGUCAUUGAGGUACGCUUGUCAUUUUGUCGAUUCAACAAAAAGAGAUGAUAAUGGCAGUUGUGUUGAAGCUUUUGGUGGUUUAUAAAUUGGUAUGAGUUGUUGCAGAUCAGAUGUGAUAUUUUGCAAAUCCAUCAUAUAUAUAUAUAUAUAUAUAUUCAGCAAUGCAUUAUUGAAACUUUUCAUUCAGCAGUUAAAGUUGUGUCUCCCUCCUCCCACUUAUUCUGUAGAUGGGCCUUAUGUUUUGGGCUUUAGGCCCAUGUAUUUGGGCCUGUGAGUAUUCCUAAUUUGUUAUUUAUUGUUGUUGUUGUUACCGUUGUCUCGUCCACAUACAUUUGGUAUAUUUACUUGGAUAAGUAAGUAUAUUUAUAGUCUUUUGACAUCCAUGAUUAUUUUGGUUGGUUUAGUAAAGUCUACAUAUAAGUUUUUUCAAUAUUCUACAAUAUAUCUUCCUUCUGCCGCCUCCGCCUCAUUUUAGGAGAAAAAUGGAACAUAACAGUAUCAAUGUCAAUAUGUAUGUAUGUAUGUAUGUGUAUAUAUAUAUAUAUAUAUGAAUGGUAUGAUCUGCUGGUAAAUGCUAAUUUGAAUGGUUGGCAGCUUCUAAUUUAUUUAUGGUUGU